UAUCAACUGGGGAAGAAAAUGAGAUUACUCGAAUUGCAAUUAGAGCGAAAUUAUACUGUUUGAAUGUUCAGGAAUGGAAAGAAAGAGGAGUUGGAAUCCUAAGACUAAAUUAUUCAAAAAAUAAUGAAAAUUCUCCUCGAUUAGUUAUGCGUUCUGAAAACGUACUAAAAGUGAUCUUAAAUGUUGCAUUAUUUCAUGGAAUGCAAGUUGAAAGAUCACAAGAGAAAUUUUUACACAAUUCCAAUGAAGCGGAUGAAUUAUAUGAAGCCAUAAUGAAUGCAAUUCCUCCAUCUCAAAAUCAACCACUUCCUAAUAUAACUUCAGAAAU